ACAGCUCGGCGCCGCAUCCUAAAGUCCUAAGCCCCACCAGCCAGGCAGCCACCACCAUCUUCCUCGAACGCCCCGCGCCGCGCCUCGCCUCGCCUCAUCUCAUCUCAUCGCGCCGCCGCGUCGCCUCGCCCCACCGUCGCCGGCGGCCGAUCGGCGCGCCACCGGAUCCGGAAAAGGGGAACGAUGGGGGAGAAGCGCGCGGUGUUGGUGGGGAUCAACUACCCGGGCACCAAGGCGGAGCUCAAGGGCUGCCACAACGACGUCGCCCGCAUGCGCCGCUGCCUCGUCGACCGCUUCGGCUUCGACGAGUCCGGCAUCCGCGUCCUCGUCGACGACGGCUCCGGGGGGCCGCAGCCCACGGGGGCCAACAUCCGGCGGGAGCUCGCGCGCCUCGUCGGGGACGCGCGGCCCGGGGACCUGCUCUUCUUCCACUACAGCGGGCACGGCACGCGGCUGCCCGCCGAGACCGGCCAGGACGACGACACCGGGUACGACGAGUGCAUCGUGCCCUGCGACAUGAAUCUUAUCACAGACCAAGAUUUCACGGAGCUUGUGCAAAAAGUCCCCGAAGGCUGUCUGCUCACCAUAGUCUCUGAUUCAUGCCAUAGUGGUGGGCUACUUGACAAGACCAAGGAGCAGAUUGGGCACAGUACCAAGCAGAACCAGACCCAGCGCCGGGAACUAGAAGAGCGGUCUGAUUCUGGUACCAGCUUCCGUGCAUUCCUCAAAGAGACUGUCCGGGACGUGUUUGAGUCUCAAGGAAUCCACUUGCCUCACCGUGGCCACCGGCACAGCGACGACGGGGAUGAUGGUGAUGAGGAGCCACGCUACAUCGACGCAGCAGAUGCCCAUGUCAAAAACCGAUCGCUACCUCUCUCGACAUUGAUCGAGAUGCUCAAGGAGAAGACUGGGAAGGAUGACAUUGAUGUAGGCUCAAUCCGGCUGACGCUUUUCAACCUCUUCGGAGAUGACGCCAGUCCCAAGGUCAAGAAGUUUAUGAAGGUCAUGCUGAACAAGCUCCAGCAGGGCCAGCACGGCGGCGUCAUGGGCUUCAUGGGCGCCCUGGCACAGGAAUUCCUGAAAGCCAAGCUGGAAGGACAGCAAGACCAGCUCGAGCCAGCCAUGAACCAAGAGGUGCACAGCGAGGAGGAGGUGUACGCCGGGACGACGGCUAGGGUGCCAAGCAACGGCGUCCUGAUCAGUGGGUGCCAGACCGAUCAGACCUCUGCCGACGCGACCACACCGAAGGGCGUCUCCUACGGCGCGCUCAGCAACGCCAUCCAGACCAUCCUCGCGGAGCACGGGACGGUGACGAACAAGGAGCUGGUGCUGAAAGCGCGCAAGAUGCUGUCCAAGCAGGGGUACACUCAGCAGCCUGGCCUUUACUGCAGCGAUGAGCACGCUAGUGUGGCUUUCAUAUGCUGAAGCGUUGGUUAUGUACUGCAAUCUUUGUACAUUUUUACUGUCUAUGGAGUGUUGUGGGCUGCUGGCUACGCUUUCAUUGAGACAUGGGAAUGAGUUGUUUUAUCGGUACAUUUGGUUUAAAUUUCUCAAAAAACAUUUCAGACUAUAAAGCUGCAUUUGUCAUGGACCUGUUAACUCUA